UGCAGGAAGACCUGCGACGGGCGGCACACUCACUCACCUGAGCGGCACACACACACACUCACCUGAGUGACACACACACACACUCACCUGAGUGGCACACACACACACACUCACUCUCACCUGAGUGGCACACACUCACUCACACACUCUCACCUGAGCAGCACACACACUCUCACCUGAGUGGCACACACUCACUCACACACACACUCUCACCUGAGCAGCACACGCACACACACUCUCACCUGAGUGGCACACACACUCACCUGAGUGACACACACACACACACACACUCACUCUCACCUGAGCGGCACAACCAAGCCUGCAGAACGAAAUGCCGACGCAGAUCCAGUACUACAACUCGUCACCGGCCAUGACGGGGGUGUUGCACCCCCAAACGGCGCAGUAUUCGCGUCAGCCCGUCCGGCCCUGGGACCCCUACCCACCCCACCCACCUGCACGCAUCGUCCCUGCCACGGGCUUUCACCACCGAUCACUGUCGGCCCCGCUGGACCGCCCAACGUGGAAUGACCCACGGCACGGGCGCGUCGCCUCUCCGCCGGCCUGGCCGCGCGUCGGUCCGCGGCGCCAGCCCUUCCAGUCGUCCCUUGGACGUCGAGCUCCCUUCGCAGCUCGGACGAUGGACUUGGGGCUGUACAGCCGUGGGCGGCACGUCAACGGCAGGAUGGGCAGCCUGCCACCGUACGCCCCCUUCAAUGACCCGCACCUGCUCGACUACUACACACGCAAGUUCGCGAUGGAACCCCGGCCGCCGUCCACGGCGGGGAGAUCGGGCAGCGCCCGCAGCACCAGGGGUGGCGUCCUCUACACGGUGACGGUGAAGACCGGAGACUGCAAGAACGCCGGCACCCAGGCCAGGGUGUACCUGCAGAUGAAGGGCUCCAAGGGCAGGGUCAACAAGAAGCGCCUCUACAAGAAGUCCAGCUCCGGCAUCGGCGACUUCCGGUUCGGCCGCGGCUCCAGCCACACGUUCCGACUGCACGGCCCCGAGCUCGGCGAGCUCAAGGCCAUCACGCUCGAGCACGACGGGCUGGAGGAGCGCGACGCGUGGUUCGUGGAGGAGGUGAGCGUGACGAGCGCGUCGCGGGCGCGCACCUGGACCCUGCUGUGCCACUGCUGGCUGUCGCUGCACCGCUCCGACUGCCAGAUCAGCCGCACGUUCACGCCGCUCGCCCGCGAGUCGCACACCGUGUACGAGGUGGUGACGGUGACGGGCGACGUCCGUGGCGCCAGCACCGACGCCAACGUCUUCGUGACCCUGUUCGGCGAGCGCGGCAGCACGGCCAAGCUGCAGCUGGCCAGCACCGGCAAGGACUGCUUCGAGAGAGGGAAGACAGACACGUUCAAGGUCAAGGCGAACUGCGUGGGACCACUGCGGAAGAUAAGGGUGGAGCACGACAACCGCGGCAGCGCACCGGGCUGGUUCCUGGAGCGCGUCGUGGUGACGGACGUCAGCCGCCCCGGUGCCCGCUGCUUCUUCCCGUGCGGGCAGUGGCUGAGCCGCGACGAGGGCGACGGGCGCACGGCGCGCGACCUGCUGGGCAGCCCCGACCCCAUGCACGCGCCGCGCAAACCCAAGAAGUACGAGGUGACGGUGUUCACGGGGGACGAGCGCGGCGCCGGCACGGACGCCGACGUCUCCAUCAGCAUCUUUGGGGAGCUGGGAGACACAGGGGAGAGGCGGCUGGACAGCAGACGGAACAACUUUGAGCGCGGCAAGCAGGACAAGUUCACGCUGGACUCCCCCAAUCUGGGCCGUCUCACCAAGAUCUCCAUCGGCCACAACAACCGCGGGCCUUCUCCCGGAUGGUUCCUCGACAAGGUGGUGGUGGACGACCGUGACGCCGGCGUCGUUUACCAAUUCCCGGUGCGGCGCUGGCUGUCGGAGGACGAGGACGAUGGGCGGAUUCGGCGCGAGAUUCCCGUGGCCGGCGGUAGCGUCACCGACGGAGGAGUCGCAGGCACCCUGUACACGCUGCGGGUGCUGACGGGGGACAAGCGCGGCGCCGGCACGGACGCGCGCGUCUACGCGGUGCUGCACGGCGCCGGCGUCGGUGGCGCGCGGCCCGGCAGCAGCGGGCGCCUCGAGCUGCGGGGCGGCUCCUUCGAGAGGGGCGGCACGGACGUGUUCCAGCUGGAGGCUGGGCGCGACGUGGCCAGCCCGCUGGCGCGGAUCACCGUCGGGCAUGACAACUCGGGCGCCGCGCCGGGCUGGUUCUGCGAGAAGGUGGUGGUGCUGUGCCCCAGCACGGGCGUGGAGCAGACGUUCCCGUGCGGCCGCUGGCUGGAUCGCCGCGAAGGGGACGGCCUCAUCGAGUGCGAGCUCCUGGAGGACUUGUCGCUGCGCAAGACGGUGGCCAAACGGCAGCCCUGCUCCGUGUGGGUCCACACGAGCGACGUGCGAAACGCCGGCACGGACGCCAACGUCAGAUUCCAGCUGUACGGGGAGCGCGGGCACUCCGAGGAGAUCCUCCUCGACAACAAAUCGGACAACUUCGAGCGCGGACAGACGGACAAGUUCACCGUGGAGCUGCCGGACCUGGGGCCGCUGUACAAGAUGCGCGUGUGGCACGACUGCACGCACCCCUUCGCUGGCUGGCACCUGGACAAGGUGACCGUGUGGAUUGCGAGCGGACGUGAGCGCUACACGUUCAAGUGCGGGCGCUGGCUGGAUGUGAACGAGGGCGACGGGGAGAUCGUGCGGGAGCUGCCGGCCGAGGGCCCCUCCGUCCGCCAGCCGCUGCCAGUCGUGCAGUACGCGGUGCUGGUGGAGACGGGGAAGUGCGCGGGUGCCGGCACGGACGCCGCCGUCUCGUUGUGCCUCUACGGCGAGCGCGGGGACACGGGCAACCGCGUGCUGCAGCGGAGCUCGUCGCACCGCAACAAGUUCGAGCGCGGGAACACCGACGAGUUCGUGCUGGAGGCCGUGAGCCUGGGCCGGCUCGACCGAGUGAGAAUCGGCCAUGACGGCAAGGGGGCCAGCGCCGGGUGGUUCCUGGAGCGAGUCGAGGUGCGGGACAAGAGUCGGCCAGAGGGCCCAGCCCAGGUGUUCCCAUGCAGCAGGUGGCUAUCGGAGGGCGAGGACGACGGACAGAUCGUAAGGGAGCUGCUGCCCUCAGGACACUCGCAGAUUCUCAAAAACAUCAGCUACCACGUGAAGGUGCGCACGGGGGACGUGCGCAACGCCGGCACGGACGCCAACGUGUACGUGCGCCUCGUCGGCGAGGCGGGCGAGACCGCCAAGAUCCCGCUCCGCACCUCCGCCAACAAGACCGGGAACAAGUUCGAGCGUGGACGCGUCGACGUGUUCACCAUCGAGGGCGGCGACAUCGGGAAGGUGCGCCGCCUGGUGAUCGGACACGACGACUCGGGGCCCGGCGCCGGCUGGUUCCUGGAGGGCGUGGAAGUGGAGGUGCCCGCGCAGGGGCUCGCGUACACGUUCCCCUGCGGGCGCUGGCUCGCCUCGGACGAGGGCGACCGCCGUACGGAGGUGGAGCUGCAGCCGGGGCAGGUCCAAGAGCGCAACAAGCUGAUCAACUACGAGGUGACGGUUCGCACGGGGGACGUGCGCGGCGCCGGCACGGACGCCGCCGUCUUCGUGCAGCUGUACGGCGAGCGCGGCAAGACGGAGCAGAAGACGCUGGCCAGCCGCUCCGACAGCUUUGAGAAGGGCGCCACCGACGUCUUCAAGCUGGAGGCGGAGGACGUGGGACGGCUGGUGAAGCUGCGCGUGGGUCACGACGACAAGGGCCUCUCCUCCGCGUGGUUUCUCGACUCCGUCACCGUGCGACGCUUCCGCGGCAAGCGCGACCUCGCCGCCGCCGCCGCGGGCGGCACCCGGACGAACGGGGAGGCCGGCGCCGGCCGACGGGACGGGAGCCGUCGCGGGAGCCUCGCCGGGGUGGCCGCACCGAUGGCGUCGCUGUCGGGCAAGGGGCCGGGUGGAGAGGCGGCGGGCGCGGCGGACGGGGACGUGGAGACGUACACGUUCGCGUGCCGCCGCUGGCUCGCUCGCAACGAGGACGACGGGCAGGUGGUGCGCGAGCUGCUUCCCCAGGAGGGCAGCAACCUGAAAGAAUGCACGUACAGCGUGCACGUGUUCACGGGCGAUGUGCGUGGCGCCGGCAGCAACGCCAACGUCUUCAUCACCGUCUACGGCACCGCGGGCGACUCCGGCGAGCGGCAAUUGCGCGAUUCCGAGAAGCACCGCAACAAGUUCGAGCGCGCAAACGAGGACGUCUUCACGGUCGCGGCCGUGGACCUGGGCGAGCUGAAGAAGGUGCGGCUGCGACACGACAACAGCGGCGUUAGCGCCGGCUGGUUCCUCGACCGCGUGGAGGUCACGGAGCAGACGUCCCAGCGCAAGUACGUGUUCCCGUGCGGGCGCUGGCUGGCCGUGGACGAGGACGACGGGCAGGUGGCGCGCGAGCUCGUGGCGCAGGACCCCGCCCGGGCGAAGGCCCCGGCACUCGGCUCGGCAAAGCGGCCCAAGUCCAGCGCCAGCCUCAGCUUGGAGCAGAAAGCUCAGCUCACGACGUACAACAUCAAGGUGAAGACGGGAGACAAGCGUGGGUCGGGCACGGACGCCAAUGUCUUCAUGGUGCUGUACGGAGAGAAGGAUGACACCGGCAAGGUAAACCUGAAGUCAUCCAAAACCAACAAAAAUAAGUUUGAGAAGGGCCAGAUUGAUGAGUUUACCCUGGAAGCUGUCGACAUCGGAGCCCUGAAGAAGAUUAAGAUCGGACACGACAAUGCAGGCCUUUCGGCCGGCUGGUUCCUCGACUGGGUGGAGGUGGACGCGCCGUCGCUGGGCCAGCGCCUGCGCUUUGCCUGCGCGCGGUGGCUCGACGCGGACGAGGACGACGGCAGCACGGAGCGCGAGCUCUUCCCAGCCGAGCCGAGCUCCGAGCACUAUGCCCCACACGUCCCGUACGAGAUCACGGCGCGCACGAGCGACGUGCCGAGCGCCGGCACGGACGCCGACGUGUUCGUGGUGCUGUACGGUCGCGACGGCAGCUGCACGCGCCAGGCCAGCCUCUGCCCCAGCAAGAAGCAGCGCAAGGAGCACUUCAACCGCGGUUCCGUCGACACCUUCGUCCUGGAGCUGGAGGACGUGGGCGACGCCAUCGAGAAGGUGCGCGUGGGGCACGACAACGCCGGCCUGAGCGCCGGCUGGCACCUCGAUCGCCUGGACGUGCGCAGGCUGCUCGGAGGAGGGAAGGGUUCGGAGACGUUGAGCUUCCCGUGCGGCCGCUGGCUGGCGCGCUCGGAGGACGACGGCGAGGUGGUGCGGGAGCUGGUGCCGCGCGCCGUCGUGCAGGAGCGCGUGCUGCGCGACGGGAGCCUCAAGCGCGCCGAGAGCGUCUUGGACGACGUCCUCCAGACUCACAAGUACAAGGUGCGCGUGCACACGGGCAGCGUGCGAGGCGCCGGCACGGACGCCAACGUCUUCGUCACCCUCUACGGCGACCAGGGAGACUCUGGCGAGCGCAAGCUGAGCAAGUCCGAGACGCACUCCAACAAGUUUGAGAAGGGCCAGGAGGACAUCUUCACGCUGGAGGCCGUCGACCUGGGCCGCAUCCACAAGAUCAAGGUGCGGCACGACAACUCCAUGCCGAGCCCCGACUGGUUCCUGUCCAAGGUCGAGGUGGAGGACCUGGACACGGACGAGGUGUUCCUCUUCACCUGCGAGCGCUGGCUCUCCAAGGACAAGGAGGACAAGAAGCUCGAGAGGACCUUCUACGUGAAGGGCUACGACGGGGAGAAGUCGAGCGUGGGGAGCUCGGUGCGGAGCCUGCGCAGUUCGGCCGGUGGCAGCCUGCGUGGCGCGGCCAACCAGGCGGCCCCGUCUGCGUCGAGCCGGCGCCGGAGCAUCGUCGAGGAUACAAUAUACGAGGGCCCAACUCGUAGACGUGAAGUCACUAACGACGCCGCCUCCUCGCCCGCAGCGCUGCCGUACCACGUGGCGGUGACGACGGGCCGCGAGAAGGCUCAGGGCGCGCCGGGCCGCGCUUUCGUGGUGGUGUGGGGCCGAGCCGAGCGGCGCACUCCCCGCCUGUGGCUCGACAAUGCCGACGGCCCCGUCGUCUUCUCCCCGGGCUCCACGCGCUCCUUCCGCCUCGAGUCCCUGGACGUGGGCGACGUCACCAGCGUGGAGCUGGGCCACGACGGCACGUCGUCGUCCGAGUCGAGCUGGUUCGUCGACGAGUUCACGCUGUCCCUGCCGACGCGCGGGGUGGCCUUCCGCUUCCCGUGCCACUGCUGGCUGUCACGCACGCGGGCGGACGGGCAGACGGCGCGAGUGUUCAACGUGCGCGACGCCGAGCUCGCCAACUCCAAACCCAAGGUGAGCUACGAGGUGACGGUGGUGACCGGGGACUCUCCGGGGGCCGGCACGGACACGGGGCUGCACGUAACGCUGUUCGGAGCCAACGGGGCGACGCCAGAGGUGACCCUCGCCAAGGGGGAGGACCGGUUCGAGAGGGGACACAAGGACGUGUUUGCGAUGGAGAUGGAUGACGUGGGGCGGCUGGAGAAGAUGCGUGUUCGCAGCGACGGGAAGGGCAGCCGCCCAGACUGGUUCCUGGAAAAGAUUCUGCUGAGGAACGUGAAAACGUUCGAGGUGACGGCGUUCAAGCUGAGCGGUUGGAUCUCAAAGUCCAAGGGGGACAAGAAGCUGGUGUGGGAGCUGCCAGCCGUGGCCGGGGCAGGCAACGACCCGCCGUCUAAGACCACGUACACCAUCGCUGUGAAGACGAGCAAAGUCAGGGGCGCGGCCACGGACGCCAACGUGUUCGUGGCGCUGCACGGGGACGCGGGCGACUCGGGGCCCCUCGCCCUGAGCUCGUCGCUCAGCGGGGGGAACAAGUUCGAGAGCGGCCGCACGGACGAGUUCCGCUUCGCCGACCACAAGAGCCUCGGCCGCCUGUCCAGGUUGCGCGUGUGGCACGACAGCAAGGGCCUGGGCGCCGGCUGGCACCUGGCGGAGAUCGAGGUGAGGGACGAGGUGGCCGGGCAGACGUUCACCUUUCCCUGCAACCGCUGGCUGGCGGACGACGAGGACGAUAAGAAGACCGAGCGGGAGCUGACGUGCGCCGGCUCGCACAGCCGCGCGUAGCCCCCCCCCCCCUCCCCAACACGGCGAGACAUCGCGCGCCUCCCUUCCUUUCUCUCUCUCGCUCUCUCCGCCGCACGCGCUCGUUCUCCCACUGAAUUUCAACGAGGGCUAAAUGUAAAUUAAGAAAAGCGGGGGGUGCGAGGGGCUGCGGUGGAGGGUGCGGUGGAGGGUGGCGUGGCAUAUACGUUACGUGGGUGGAAACAACAACCCCCCCCCAAAAAAAACCCUACGGGAAUUUGAGAUGAGCGAAAGCAGCGGGCGCCCACUCUCCGGUGGUGCCCCCCCCUCAUCACCCCGCUCCCUGCCGUGGCCGCGGGAUUUCGUGAAGGUCGCUGGUGAAGUCGCGACCGCCCCAGACGCGUUAUUACUCCGGAGCUGCGUGCGGGGCGUGCCGCUCGGAGCCUAACUGCUUUUGCCCGGCUCACGAAUUUUUUUUUCUUCGCUCUCCGGACGCGGUCGCCCCUCGUGAGCGCUGCCCCGGGACCGCCGGCGUCGGGGAUGUAGUUUGUAGUCGCCGCCGUAGACGAGCGGACGGGAACAGGUUGAAGCUAUCAAUCCGAUCGAUCAAGUGGAUGGCAUACCUUGUCAACCCCUUAUCAGUACCCUACCUUAUUACAGACCAGUUCAGACCUUAUUGGUCACCCCGUGUCCGUUAUAAAUCUCAACGUUCAUCCUACAAAGUCCCAUCACAAGGGAGAAGCACAAACAAAUAGAUAAUUUUUUUGCCCGUAUUGAUAUGGCUGUACGCUGUAUGGACCUAAAAACUGUACAAGAAUACAGGUAAACCGUAUGGGUUGACAGGUAUGGGAUGGAUUUAAUUUUUGAAGCGGGUGAGAACCCUGUGAGACCAAAUACUAAAAGUUUAAAGGAAAAUCUGGCGUAUACGUAGUUAUACAAGAAAGCGAAAUUGACACUGAAAAAACAAAUAUGGUGACAACAAUCAAAAUAAAUCUAUGCAAACGGAAAUAAGCGAAAAUAUGAAAAAAACGCUUUUAGUAUACGUGUGAGUAAAUAUUACCAUGCAAUGCCGACUGGACGACUCCAACAUAAAUACAACGUACAGGAUAAAAGCGCAAGCGUUAAAGAGCACCAAGAUUUUUUUUUUUUUACAAAUCGCUAAAAAUGGUGAAAUUAUACUGAACAAUAAUUCACCUGAUGGCGUUGAGGCGUUUAGAAUUGAAUGCCUCCCGGACAGACGACCGUGAAUGUCCGCUCGGCACUUUACUGGCAGCUUUCUGCGUGACCGUCAACUGUUCAGGAAUUAACGGCCAUAACCUGGCCAAGAACUGAAACUCAACAAUUAUCUCCGACUGCACAGAUUCCAUUUCAAACUGAUGGAUGUGUACGUUUUCCCUGUGGCUGCGUAUCGGGGAGAUAUGUUCGUGGUAACGGGUGUGCGAAGAGUUCUAAGUGUGGAAGUUUUGAUAAAAUUAACUCUUUUUUCUACAGAUUGUCGGUUCAAAGAGGCCAAUUUUCCUGUACAUUUGUGUGGAAUGAUUGAGCUAUUUUGUUUAAUGCAGGAUCUCUUCUGUCAACACAGGAUCAUUAUCAACCAAACUGUAACCAUCAUAAUCAAUAUUUAUUAUUAAUUAUUUUAAAAUACUGAAUGUGUUCAGAUUUUAAUAAAAAAUGGUUUAAGUUCUCUCAAGAAGGCUGUAGAUGUUGUUAAAUUUUUUGUAAACAUAAAUUGAUUGUGCUUGAAUUCUGUUAACAGUGACUCAGUUUUGAAAUAUCAAUGAACAUUGUUAACAUUGUUAACAGCUUGUAAAUUCCAAAAAGGGGAAAUAUAUAUACAUCUUACA